AUGUCUGGCCAAAAUCCUUCCGAGAGCCGCUUCCAGGUGAACGUGGUCAGCGAGGCCUCGGCUCCUGGCUCCAGUCCCCAACCUCCGGCUCCAUCCGCUCCUCCACCCAUGAAGACUCUUUCAGUCCCGGUCUAUGCUCCAGGGCCGGUCCCUCCAGCUCCGGUCCAGGCCUCCUCUGGUCCUCCACCCUGCCCCCCGCUCCCCGAUCCCUCGCGACCCACAGAUCGGUUCCGUGUGGUAGGCUUUGCAGACUCAGAGCUGGGAGCGCCGCCAGAUGUUUUCCAGGAGCCGGACAACGUGAAGAGUGACUCCGUCAGCCUGCACUCCACCGGCACAGGACACACACACACCUCCGGAGUGUCCCAUGUUUCCGGAGUGUCCCACGUCUCUGCAGUGUCCCACUUCUCUGACUACUACAUGAGGACGUUUGGACACAACACCAUCGACGCUGUGCCCAACAUCGACUUCUACCGACAAACCGCUGCGCCUUUCGGGGAGAAACUCACCCGGCCCUCGCUCUCUGAGCUCCACGACGAACUCGACAAAGAGCCCUUCGAGGAGGGGCUGGCCAAUGGGGACGAGCCGUCUGCAGCGGAGGAGGCGGCGGCUCUGGCAGCGAAGGAGGCCAAAGGAGGAAUGGUGAAGUUUGGAUGGAUCAAAGGAGUGCUGAUCCGAUGCAUGCUGAACAUCUGGGGCGUCAUGCUCUUCAUCAGAAUGUCUUGGAUUGUGGGACAGGCGGGCAUUGGUCUGACCAUCGCCAUCAUCCUCAUGGCCACGUUAGUCACCACCAUCACUGGACUGUCCACCUCCGCCAUCGCCACCAAUGGAUUUGUCCGAGGAGGUGGGGCAUAUUACCUGAUCUCCCGGAGUCUGGGGCCAGAGUUUGGAGGGUCCAUUGGUCUGAUUUUUGCGUUUGCGAACGCUGUUGCCGUGGCGAUGUACGUGGUGGGCUUCGCCGAGACUGUGGUGGAGAUGCUCAAUGACGUGGACGCUCUGAUGACAGAUGAACUCAACGACAUCCGCAUCGUGGGGACGCUCACUGUGAUUCUGCUGCUGGGCAUCUCUGUGGCGGGAAUGGAGUGGGAGGCCAAGGCUCAGAUCGUGCUGCUUGUGAUCCUGCUCGCUGCCAUCGCAAACUACUUCAUCGGGACGUUUAUGCCUUCGAAAGAGAAGGAGCCGAGAGGAUUCUUCGGCUACAACACGGCUAUCUUCCUGGAGAACCUGGGCCCAGACUUCAGAGACGACGAAACUUUUUUCUCAGCUUUUGCGAUCUUCUUUCCCGCUGCAACAGGAAUCCUGGCCGGAGCCAACAUCUCGGGAGACCUCACCGACCCUCAGUAUGCCAUCCCCAAAGGAACUCUUCUGGCCAUCCUCAUUACCGGAAUCACCUAUGUGGCUGUGACCAUCUCCACAGGCUCGUGUAUUGUGAGGGACGCGACUGGAGACCAGAACGACACCGUGAGCGACACCGUGAACUGCACUGAUGCGGCCUGUUCUCUGGGCUUCGACUUCUCCAUCUGCAGAGAGGGCGGCUGCCAGUACGGCCUCAUGAACGACUUCCAGGUGAUGAGUUUGGUGUCAGCGUUCGGGCCUUUAAUCUCCGCAGGGAUCUUCUCUGCGACUCUGUCCUCAGCUCUGGCCUCACUCGUCAGCGCCCCCAAAGUCUUCCAGGCCUUGUGCAAAGACAAUAUCUUCCCCGGUCUGCAUUUUUUUGCCAAAGGUUUCGGCAAAAACAACGAACCUCUGCGUGGAUAUGUGCUCACCUUCUGCAUCGGACUGGCUUUCAUCCUCAUCGCUGAGCUGAACAUCAUCGCUCCAAUCAUCUCAAACUUCUUCUUGGCUUCAUACGCUCUCAUCAACUUCUCAGUGUUCCACGCCUCCCUCGCCAAUUCUCCAGGGUGGCGCCCCAGCUUUAAGUACUACAACAUGUGGGUGUCUCUGGCCGGAGCCGUGCUGUGCUGCAUCGUCAUGUUCGUCAUAAAUUGGUGGGCGGCGCUGGUCACUCUGCUCAUCGUGCUCGCGCUCUACGUCUACGUGGGCUACAAGAAACCAGAUGUGAACUGGGGCUCCUCCACUCAGGCUCUAAUCUAUAACCAGGCUCUGACCCACAGUCUGGACCUGACCAUCGUCCCGGAUCAUGUGAAGAACUUCAGACCCCAGUGUCUGGUUUUAGCAGGUUUUCCAAACGCACGUCCUGCUAUGCUGCACCUCGUCAACUCCUUCACCAAGAACGUCGGACUCAUGCUCUGUGGACACGUCAGAAUCUUGAGUCGUCGUCCGAACCUGAAGGAUUUGGCGUUGGAGCACGGCCGCUGUCAGCGCUGGCUGCAGAAGAAGAGGAUCCGAGCGUUUUACUCACCGGUGCUUGCCGAUAACCUGAGACACGGAGCCCAGCUGCUGCUGCAGGCGGCUGGUCUGGGUCGACUCAAACCCAACACUCUGGUGAUGGGCUUCAAGAAGAACUGGAGCGACCAAGAAAUGAGAGAAACUGAGCUGUACAUCAACACCAUACAUGACGCGUUUGACCUUCAGUUUGGGGUGGUGCUGCUCAGGCUCCAGGACGGACUGGACAUCUCCCACAUCCAGGGACAAGAUGAACUGACUGUGGAGAAACCCAAAGGCACGUCAGUGAACACAGACCCUAGUCCAAAUCCCAACGGCACCCAGAGCAUCCCUCUCAUUAUUAAAGACAGUAAACCUCCGCUGAGCCUCACGGACCAGAGGCUGCUCGAGUCCAGUCAGAUCUUCAAGAAGAAGCGGGGAAAAGGAACCAUCGACGUGUGGUGGCUGUUUGACGAUGGAGGUCUGACCCUGCUGAUCCCGUACCUGCUCACAAACAGAGGGAAAUGGGGCGACUGCAGAAUCCGAGUUUUUAUGGGUGGAAAAAUCAACCGCAUCGACCACGACCGAAGAGCGAUGGCCAUGCUGUUGAGUCGCUUCAGGAUCGACUUCUCUGACAUCACCGUUUUGGGCGACAUCAACACCAAACCCAAAAAGCACAAUAAGCUGAGUUUUAAGGAGCUGAUCGAGCCGUACAGACUGAGAGAAGACAACAUGCAGCAGGAAGAGGCCGAGCGGCUGAAGGCCCUGGAGCCCUGGAGGAUCACUGACAACGAGCUGGAGCUUUACAAAGCCAAGACAAACCGUCAGAUCCGGCUGAACGAGCUUCUGCAGGAACAUUCCAACGCAGCCAAACUCAUCGUCAUAAGCAUGCCCCUAGCCCGUAAAGGCACAGUCUCUAGCGCCCUCUACAUGUGCUGGCUGGAAACGCUGUCCAAAGACCUGCCUCCGCUUCUGUUGGUGCGCGGGAACCACCAGAGCGUCCUCACUUUCUACUCCUGA